GGGGGGCCGGGCUCCAAGGCUGGCUGCGGGGUCCGGCCCGGCGGCCGCCUGCGGCUCGGCUCGGCGCUGCGCAGCGCUCCUGCCCGGCGGGCGCUGCAUUCUCCGAGUCUCCACCAGAGGCUGCGGGAGGAAGGAAGGGAUCCGUCCCUUGCACACUUCCCCCCUAGUCAGACACGCACACUCCCUCGCUCUCUCGCUCCUCCACACACGCGCGCACUCGCCGCCGCGGCUCCCCCUCUCGCUCCCGCUCUCCCUCGGCUCCUCCAGGCGGACGCCGGGGCCGGACCUGGCCGGGAUCCCGCGGAUCGCUGGCGUCCCGAGGCGCGGGGACCAGGGAGCAGCCCGGCCGCUCCCCGAGGCAACAUGUGGACUGGCUGACACUGGGCAAAUCUCUUCGACUCCCCGGGCCUCAGUUUCCUCGUCUUUACGACGGCGUUGCUGGCGUUCCCACAGGUGAACGAGGUGAUGAGUACAUGGCGUUCAUCUCUCACACGGGCACUGGGCGCCACCUUAAUGAGGAUGCCACUGCAAGCCUUCCAGCCUUCCAGAAGAGCAGAGCUCCUGGCAGCAGUUAUCUCUGAAACAUCACAGCUCCCCCGCGGAGGCCUGCUGUGUUCAUGUCUGUCCAGGUCUCCCCUGCUGAGCCACUGUGGAGAGAGGUUCCCAAUGGAUCUGGAUGAUGCCUAGUCCCAGAAGAACUUCAAGGUCCUUUGGCCCCCACUGACCACAUCGUCUGGACACAGAGACCAUGGCACAAGCCCUACUCGGGAGCAGCACCUGUGCUGCCUGUUGACUGGGCCAAGGGCCUCAGUGAGGGGGGCGCGGGCCAGGACCAGGUGUCCAUGCCCCGGUGCGGCCGCGCCCCCUCCCAGUCCAGCCCAGCAUCCCCGCGGCUCAGGUCACCAUGUGACGCAGCAGCGCUGCGGUGCCUCCCAUCCAUGCUCCGGGGCCUGGCCCGCGCUGCCAAGAAUGAGGCCACAGCCCGACGGGGUGCUCCGGGCAGGGGCUGCGCUAUCUCCUGUGCUGCUGCUGCUGCUGCUGCUGCCGCUCCUGGGGCACCUGUGGGCCGCAAGCACCCCUGGCCCAUCCUCCUCGUCACCGGGGACUCAGCAGGACAACCAGCUGGGCGCAGGCCGAGUGAAGCGUGGCUGGGUGUGGAACCAAUUCUUCGUGGUCGAGGAGUACACAGGGACAGAACCCCUAUCCACUCUGAUUCUGAUGAAGGUGAUGGCACCAUCAAGUACACCAUCUCUGGCGAGGGUGCGGGGACCAUCUUCCUGAUUGAUGAGCUGACAGGUGACAUCCAUGCCACCGAGCGCCUGGACCGGGAGCAGAAAACCUUCUACACACUCCGGGCUCAAGCCAGGGAUCGCGCCACCAACCGCCUGCUGGAGCCCGAAUCGGAGUUCAUCAUCAAAGUGCAGGACAUCAACGACAGUGAGCCACGCUUCCUACACGGCCCCUACAUUGGCAGUGUGGCUGAGCUGUCCCCUACAGGCACGUCUGUGAUGCAGGUGAUGGCCUCCGAUGCGGAUGACCCCACUUACGGCAGCAGCGCCCGGCUGGUGUACAGUGUGCUAGACGGCGAGCAUCACUUCACAGUGGACCCCAAGACAGGUGUGAUCCGGACAGCUGUACCUGACCUCGACCGUGAGAGCCAGGAACGCUAUGAGGUGGUUAUCCAAGCCACAGACAUGGCAGGCCAGCUGGGUGGCCUCUCGGGCUCUACUACAGUCACCAUCGUGGUUACUGACGUCAAUGACAACCCGCCCCGCUUCCCACAGAAGAUGUACCAGUUCAGCAUACAGGAGUCAGCACCCAUCGGCACGGCUGUGGGCCGAGUGAAGGCCGAGGACUCAGAUGUGGGCGAGAACACAGACAUGACUUACCACCUGAGAGAAGAAAGCGGCAGUGGAGGAGAUGCGUUCAAGGUCACCACGGACAGCGACACUCAGGAGGCCAUCAUAGUAGUUCAGAAGCGCCUGGACUUCGAGUCGCAGCAGGUGCACACGGUGGUGCUGGAAGCCCUCAACAAGUUUGUGGACCCCCGCUUCGCGGACCUGGGCACAUUCCGAGACCAAGCAAUCGUGCGCGUGGCCGUGACUGACGUGGACGAGCCCCCCGAGUUCCGGCCACCCUCCGGCCUCCUGGAGGUGCAGGAGGACGCGCAGGUGGGCUCCCUGGUCGGCGUGGUGACGGCGCGGGACCCCGACGCCGCCAACCGGCCCGUCCGGUAUGCCAUUGACCGUGACUCGGAUUUGGAGCAGAUCUUCAACAUUGAUGCAGACACUGGCGCCAUAGUGACUGGCAAGGGGCUGGACCGCGAAACCGCCGGCUGGCACAACAUUACCGUGCUGGCCAUGGAAGCAGACAAUCAUGCUCAGCUAUCACGAGCCUCCCUACGGAUCCGAAUCCUGGAUGUGAAUGACAAUCCCCCAGAGCUGGCUACACCCUACGAGGCAGCUGUGUGUGAGGAUGCCAAGCCAGGCCAGCUUAUCCAGACCAUCAGUGUAGUGGACAGAGAUGAGCCCCAGGGCGGUCACCGCUUCUAUUUCCGCCUGGUACCAGAAGCACCCAGCAACCCUCAUUUUUCUCUGCUGGACAUCCAAGAUAACACAGCUGCCGUGCACACACAGCACGUGGGCUUCAACCGGCAAGAGCAGGAUGUGUUCCUCCUUCCCAUCCUUGUUGUGGACAGCGGGCCACCCACACUGAGCAGCACGGGCACCCUCACCAUCCGCAUCUGCGGCUGUGACAGCUCCGGCACCAUCCAGUCCUGCAACACCACGGCCUUUGUCGUGGCUGCCUCCCUCAGCCCCGGCGCGCUAAUCGCUCUCUUGGUCUGUGUCCUCAUUCUGGUCGUGCUGGCUCUGCUAAUCCUCACCCUCAGGCGUCACCACAAGAGCCACCUGAGCUCGGACGUGGAUGAGGACAUGCGGGACAACGUGAUCAAAUACAACGACGAGGGCGGCGGCGAGCAGGACACCGAGGCCUACGACAUGUCAGCGCUGCGGAGCCUCUACGAUUUCGGGGAGCUCAAGGGUGGCGACGCGGGCGGGGGAGCGGCCAGUCCCCCACAGGCUGCUUCCUCCUCCGAGCGCCACUCGCUGCCUCGGGGCCCGUCGAGCCCGGAGCCGGACUUCUCGGUGUUCAGGGACUUCAUCAGCCGCAAGGUGGCGCUGGCGGACGCGGACCUGUCGGUGCCGCCCUACGACGCCUUCCAGACCUACGCGUUCGAGGGCGCGGGCUCGCCCGCUGCCUCGCUCAGCUCGCUGCACAGCGGCUCCACCGGCUCCGAGCAGGACUUCGCUUUUCUCCGCGCCUGGGGCCCGCGCUUCCGACCGCUGGCCGCGCUCUACGCCGGCCACCGUGGCGACGACGAGGCCCCGGCCUCCUAGCCCCAACCGGGCCAGUCCGGCAGCGCGGCCCGACGGGAGGGGACCUGCAUGGCUCCCGCGCCGCGACGCGCCCCCAAGGGGUGAAGCUUGCGAGGACUCAGGGGUGCGGGAUGGUGACCAACGUCAGGAGAAGGGAGGGGAACCCGGCCUGCGCAGCCCUGGGGUUGGAAGGGACCGCGGAGGGAGAACCCCCGUGCUGGGAAAGGACCUGGGAAGAGAAAGCGGAGGAGGGCGCUGCUGCCGUGCCCACCCCAAGGCUUUCUGGCAUUCAAGUAAAGAUGAAGGAAGGGCUGGUCAUUUACUAAGCACCUACUGUGUGCUGGGAGCUACCCAGAGACCGACUGCAUUGCUGUAGAAACUAUGAGGUGGCGUUCCAAAGGUGCCAAGAUAGGAAAGCCCCCCAGAGAAGUGGUUGUGACCUGCCCGGGGACUCGCAGACAGUGAGUGGCGGAGCCUCUGGCACUGGCCAGCUGCCUGGACAAGUCACCUCAUUUCUCUGGGCCCCAGUUUCCUCAUCUGUCAAAUGAGGUUAAUAACAGCACCUACCUCGAAGAUUUGAGAGGAUGGAAAGGGUUCAGGUGUCAAGUCAUUGGGCAGUGCCUGGCACAGAGUAGGUGUUCAAUAAAUGCUCGCCUUUGUUACUAUC